AUGGACGAGGCAAGGCUGAAGAUUAUCGAGGAACACCCCAUUGGGGGCGGCCUUGAUUCUUUCCGCGCCUUGUUCGCAUCGACGUGCGAAUCCCUGAACCUCGCCGGUUCUUUGCCCAACGCCAACGCCAUAGACCAGCUUGAGCAGCUUGGACAGCUUGAGCAGCUCGAUCAAGAGGCUCUCCAGAAGCUCACCCUGACUCUUUUCACGGCUCUCCAGUUACUCAAGGCAGUACAGCUUCUUCGCUCCGCUGGCAGAGGCCAAAAUCUUCUCUCCGAUAUAUUACAAUUCAUCCCUACCAUCGUCUCUCUCGAUUUUGAUUUCGACCGCGUCAAGGCCCUCCUCCAAGUCGCCCUCAACGACAACUCCCACGACGUCCUUAUCUGGGGCCAAGUCUACAGUGCCGUUACCGAAGUAACACCCCCCCCUCCUCCUCCGCAGGUACGAUGGUCAUCUGUGACGGACACCCCAAUCACCCGAAACACGAGCAGCAUCCUCAACUCGUCAGAACUGCGCCGCGAGGUGGACCAAGUCCUCAAGGAGGAAAUAGAUCCCCGCGUCGGUAUUCGCAAGUUUCGAAAGUCCUUCUUUGCGUCCGUCCCGCGCCUCGAAGAAGCCACCGAUGCCGUCUUGCGCAAGUGCUCCGAAGGUGAAGAGCCACUCUUUGGUCGAGAGGGGUGGGUUGGAUGGCCAGCUGCUGCGGCGGAGCAAGAUGUGCUGGCUUGGCUCUGCAGUAUCGUACCCAAGCUGCAGAGUCUUGCGGUCGAUUUCACCCCUGCCACCGUGACACAACGGAAACUGCUGGCGCAACCGAAAACGCCCUUGCUCGGAUCGACGGGGAGACGCAGCAUGGAUGUCGGCUUCGUCAACAAUGAUGUCGUCUAUCACCCGUAUGCGGGGAAGUCAGGGAGAUACCGCUGGUCUCACGUCUUGGUGCCGGGCGAGCUGAAGAGCAACCCAAUGGCAGAUGCACCACCAGUGGCAUGGAUCGAUCUAGCAACGUAUGCGAGGGAGGUGUUGUCGGCUCAAGACACUCGACGCUUCGUCUUGGCCUUUUCGCUGUGCGGGUCCCUUAUGCGGUUGUGGGAAUAUGAUCGACUAGGAGGGAUCGCGUCCGAGCAGUUCGACAUUAACGACUCCAAAGGUGCACUAGAGUUUGUGGCUACCAUGCUUGGGUUCCUCUGGAUGGACGAAGAAAGGCUAGGGUUUGACCCUACUAUCCAAACGUCUGAUGGCAAGCGUUUCAUCGAGAUUGAACGAAACAGUCGGCCAGAGCGCCUCAUCAUCGACGAGGUCAUUGCACGAUCCCGCUGUAUUGCUGGAAGGGCGACCACUUGCUGGAAGGCACAUCUCGAGGACGACCAGCAGACGGCCUUUGUCAUCAAGGAUUCGUGGCAAUAUCCGGAGCGGGACGACGAGGGCGAGAUUCUUCAAGAGGUGACGCAACGAGGCGUGACCAACGUCGCUCGGUAUUAUCAUCACGAGACGGUUCGCAUUCGUGACGUCGACGACGAUGUUCGAAACGGCGUUCGUACUGGACUGGAUAUUACCACUGCAGAUGCUCCUACAGCGACCGCUGAUGCGAUGACCACGCCCGACUCGACGGCUACGACAGUGAUGGCCGAUGCGACGACUGCAGGCGAUGCCACAGCCACAGCAACAGCUGAUUCAACGGCUAUAACGGCCGUGGUGGAAAAGGCACAUGUAGCAUCUACAUCUACAACCGUUGACGCGGCAGCUGCAGUCAACGCAACGGAUACGCCUGAUGCCUUGACUGUAGAUGAUACAGCGGCUACUGCUACUACGAUGACGAUGGCGCGAAGGGCAUCUGCGUCAUCCAUCUCUACGGCUUCCACAAUAGCAGUGGCGGCUCCUCGACGAAGACGCUCAACCGCUCAACGGGGGAAGAAGACACCGAGAGUGCAGCAGCUCCGCCAAAGCGAGAGCAGAAGCGGCAAAAAGAACCACGGUAGCGGUAGUAACGGGAGUAGCGGCAGCAUCGAUAGUAUCGCUACUACCGAUAGUACCGGCGGUGCCGGCACAAAAAGACGAUCCAGCCAGGUCAACGAGGCAGAGGAACGUCCAGUCAAGCGAUCGCGGUCAGAAUCACAAUCUGGUGGUGUCGACAAGACCCCACCGAACCGGAUACAUCGAAGGAUCAUUGUUCAAGACUACGGACGGCCAAUCUACAAGGCCAGCUCGCCAGCAGCCCUUGUGGCCGCUGUGGAGAGCUGCAUCCAAGGCCACGAGUCUCUGAGAAAGGCCGGGUUCCUCCAUCGAGACAUAUCCGUUAACAACGUUCUAAUCGACGAAAGAGAAGGUGCCCAGAAGGGAUUCCUGAUAGAUCUCGACCUUGCUAUAAGAGAGUCAAGGAAGAAGGCGUCAGGAGCAAAGGGAAAGACGGGAACAAGGGCCUUUAUGGCGAUCGGGUUGCUGUUUGGCGAACCACACUGUUUUAUGCAUGACCUCGAGUCCUUCUUCUGGGUCCUCUUCUGGGUUUGCGUUAACCACGACGGCCCGGACAGGAGUGUCAAGAAGAAUCUUUUUGACCACUGGAACUACGCAAAGGACUACGAGCUGGCAGGGUCGAAGCUAGGCGUCAUCACGGACUCGUUCAUCUUCCGCAAGCGCGCUGGGGAAUGCUUUACAGCGUUUUACGAGCCGCUGAUUCCAAUGAUGGACAGGCUGCGGGAAGUGGUGUUUCCGGGGGGGCUGAGGUGGAAACAAGUUGACGAAGGGCUCUAUUCCAGGAUGAGAGAUAUUCUGCGGGAUGGGGAGAAGGAGUGA